CUACGUCCUACUUGGGAAGGCUGCUUUCGUGUGUCGAUACACUGCGUGAACAGUAUUUGACUAGUUCCAUUACGUAUGAAGCCAGUCAACAAGAAGACAUCUAAAAGUUGAACAUACAUUAAGAGAAAAGCUUCAAGCUCCGGAAUGGAGGAAGAAGGAGGUCAUCAACAGAGGUUACAUAGGGGAGCAGGUACUCAAGUCCGUGUCACUCAACUGACUCUGAAUAAGUUAAGAGACCUGUCCACCCGUGAUGCUUCACAGAUUGUUAUGUCUCUGAGUCGUUCUAAUGGUGGCUUGGAUAACAUUCUGAAGGACGUUAGUAUGGAUGCAGACACCACCACGCUUACACUAGAAGUUCUUGGCAAGGCUUGUCAGUGUGAAUCAAUGCCCGAACAAGUGAAUGAAAUAUUGAGUUUGGUCCUGCAAUCCCCGUUUAUAGAAAGUAUCUUGUAUGGAUUCCUGGCACAAAUUUCAUUUGGUACUGACAGAACACAUAAAGAACGUAUCAUCAGACAUUGUGUUCCAUUACUGAAACAGCUGCUGGUGAAGAUGCCAACAGAGAGCAUGAAACAGGUGCAGUUGGUGACGGUUCUUGUCCAGAAGAUCUGGUCAGACACCAGCAUGGUUGAUGAAAAUCUCAAUCAGGAUAUGUGUAGCAUCACAAAUGUCUUGACACGGACGCGACCGCCAGAAAUCCGCAGUGCUGGUCGUGGUGCCCAGUACAGCGUGCACUCUGAAGGUGACCAGCCCCCUGAAGAUUUCCGAGAGCUGUCGAUAUAUCCUGCAAAGCAAGAACUCUUGGUUGAUGGUCCUCAGCGGCUGUUCUUCCGGCGAAACAACGUAGCUGAACGGUAUGACAACUUGGAGCACUAUCUCGAUGUACAGUUUCGUCUCCUGCGAGCCGAUUACAUCAUUCCACUACAGGAAAGCAUUGCCGCAUUUCAAACCCAGCUCGGGGAUGAAAGCAGAAAGUCGUCGCCUCUUCGUAGUCAUGUAUACUACAAUGUCCACAUUGUGAGGCCUGUGUGCACGCACAACGGUCUGUGCUAUCGCCUCUCCUUCGAGUUGCCACCUUCAACGCGAGUCAACUGGGCCACUUCUCGCCGACUCAUGUUUGGAUCACUUCUGUGUCUGUCGUCUGAUCGCUUUGUGGACCACUUCAUGUUUGCUACAGUCGACCAGCGAGAGAAGAAAGACCUGAAAUUUGGAAUUGUUGAUGUCCUGUUUGAGCGUGAAUCUGUCCUAAUUUCAGACCUUCCACGUGAUAUGCGCUUUACAAUGGUGGAAUCAUCGGCCUACUUUGAAGCAUACAAACAUGUUCUAGAAGGAAUGAAACGUUUGAAUGACAGAAAUGUUCCAUUCCAACAAUACAUAGUGAGAUGCGAGUCUGACAUUCGGCUACCACGAUACCUUCAGGAGCGGCCGAACCCACGAUAUGAUUUGCGUCCACUGAUUGAUGAAAACUACUGCCUCAGAGAUGAUGAUGACAUGCAGCUGUUUCGUCAGGAGUUCUCCGACAAGGCCAGUGUUGCUGCUGCUGUUGAACUAAACAAUCCUUCCAAAUGGCCAUCUGCAGAUACCUUCCAUCUGGAUGAUUCACAGUGGCGGGCAUUGCAGAAUGCCCUUACCAAGGAGUUUGCUCUAAUCCAGGGACCACCUGGCACUGGCAAGACUUACCUCGGGCUGAAGAUCAUGAAGGCUCUGUUGCACAAUCAGAACAUUUGGAACACAGGUGAAAAUUUACCCAUUCUUGUCGUCUGCUACACAAACCAUGCUCUUGAUCAGUUUCUGGAGGGUAUUAUGAAAUUUUUUAAAGGAAUGCUAAUUCGUGUUGGAAGCAGAAGCAAAAGUGACAGCUCCAUACUACAAGAGUGCAACCUUCGAACAGCCAGGCAGAGGGCCCGAGAUACCAGAAGUGUACCACUGGAGGUUCAUGCGAACAAAGUUGAAAUAAUGAAGACGAUGACAGCACUGAAAGGUGACAUUCAUGGUAUUGCAACCAAACUAGAAGUGGCCGAGAGAGAAAUCGUUCACGAGAGAUGUCUGACAGAAUAUAUGACCACAGAACAAGAGUCUUUCUUCCCUGUUGAUCAGGUUUACAGCUUAAGCAGUAAGUCAUGCAUUAUUUCCGAUUGGCUUGGCAUCAGUAAAGACAUGCAAUGGAUUGAUAAUCUACAAGAGAAGAAACCUCCAGAAGAGGAAGACAAUUCUGUUGAUGAAGAAGUUAUCAAUGUUGUCAGUUUGGCUGAAACUGCUCAAAGCCUAAGAUUGCUGGAGGUGGAUGAUCUUGACGAAUUAUCUGAAUUUGAUGAUUCUGCUAACUUAGAUGUUGAUGUUAUCAAAGUUAGAAUGGAGACUAUGGGCUUUGAAGUGACAAAACUGGAUGUAUCAUCGGAAACAUACUUGACUGGGUCUGUCAAAGCUGAGUGGGAUGAGAAACAGAGAAGGAAACGAAUCCUUAAAAGGGGAUUUGCUAGGAAAAUUGACAGCGUGGAUCGAAUGCCAGAAGCUGAAGCUUCCAGAAUUGACAACAUAUGGCAUAUGCGAUACAAAGACCGGUGGAGGUUGUACAGGUACUGGGUGGAUUGUCUGUGUCGCCAGGCCCGCGGGCAGAUCAGAGACAAGGAGAAACAAUAUCACCGUGUCUGUGCAAGGUACAAGGAAUCUCUCCUGCAAGAAGACAAGAUGAUCCUGAAAAGAGCUAGGAUUGUUGGCAUGACAACCACAGCCGCUGCGAGAUACCAGAGCAUCAUGCAAGAGAUCGGACCUAAAAUCGUCAUCGUAGAAGAGGCCGCUGAAGUCCUGGAGGCUCACGUUAUUUCCACUCUCAGCCGUGGCUGUGAGCACCUCAUUCUAAUCGGGGACCACAAACAGCUGCGUCCGAACCCGACCGUCCACAAGCUGGCCAGAGACUUCAACCUGGAGAUCUCCCUCUUCGAGCGGAUGGUGUACUGCAAGCUGCACUGGGACUGUCUCAAGUGGCAGCACAGGAUGCGGCCGGAAAUAUCACGAGUGAUGAAGGCCAUCUACCCGGAACUGGAGGACGAUGAGUCGGUGAAGUCCUUCCCAGAUGUGAGAGGUGUGAGUCAGAACAUUGCAUUCAUUGAACACGAGUACCUACACGAGAUCGACGGGGAGACUCUGAGCUGUGUCAAUAUGCAGGAGGCAGAGUACGUUGUCAGUCUGUGCGAGUAUCUCCUCAAGCAGGGCUACAGUCAAUCGCAGAUCACAAUAAUCAGCAUGUAUUCAGCUCAGAUCAACGUCAUUAGAUUGCUUAUGCCCAAAUCUAGGUUCGAAGGUGUCCGAAUAGCUUCUGUCGACAGCUUUCAAGGAGAGGAGAAUGACAUUAUUUUAGUGUCGCUAGUUCGGAGUGCUGAGGUUGGAGAAAGUAUUGGUUUUCUGAAAACUGACAACAGAAUUUGUGUUGCCUUAUCUCGAGCUAAACACGGGAUGUAUGUUCUUGGCAACUUCAGAUUUCUCACAGACAAAAGUGAUCUACUCCUUAAUAUUAUCACGCAGGCCAGAAAUGAAAAAUACCUGAGUCACAGCCUGCAGUUGGUCUGUCCACGGCAUAGGACUGGAAAAGGCAUUGAGGCAAAAGAACCGAGAGACUUCACGAGAGCGCCUGAAGGUGGCUGUCUGAAGCCCUGUGACAACCGUUUGCCGUGUGGGCAUGCGUGUAAGAAGACCUGUCACAGUGGCAGCCAUUCGGUCUGUUACAUGCCUUGUGGCAAGAAGUGUGAAAACGGCCAUCCGUGCGACAGUCUGUGUUUCCACUGUUCCCGCGGCUGCCCUCCCUGUAAAAAACCUGUGCAGAAGCUCCUACCAAAAUGUAAUCAUGUACAGAUGGUUCCCUGCUCGAUGGAGCCUUGGCUGUUUAAGUGCACUCACAAGGUAGAAGAGGACAGAUCUUGUGGACACCACAUUUCGGUGGAAUGUAGUGGACGGAAAAUCAUGCCGUGUACGAAUCCUUGCAGUCAAGUUCUACCCUGCGGUGAUCUCUGCAGUGGGACAUGUGGAACCUGUUUUCAAGGCCGCUUGAACCAGCCGUGCCAGCUGAGAUGCAGAAAGAUUCUUGUGUGUGGUCACGCCUGCCUGGACCAGUGCGGUAACUGCCCGCCAUGCCAGAAAGACUGUGAAAACCGAUGUCACCAUACAAUGUGUCAAGAGAAGUGUGGCGACCCAUGCGUUCCCUGCAGGAUGCCUUGUCCCUGGUCGUGCAGACACAAGAGGUGUACGCGACUUUGUAGCGAGGCUUGUGACCGAGACCGAUGUGAUGAACGCUGUAGGAAGCAGCUAUCAUGCGGUCACCCAUGUAUUGGCCUCUGCGGAGAGCCGUGUCCUCGCCUGUGCAGGAUCUGUGACGGGGAUCACGAAACAUUCAAACUUUGGCUUGGAAAUGAGGAUGAUCCAAAUGCUCGAUUUGUCGAACUGCAAGACUGUUCGCACAUCAUAGAAGUCACUAGCUUAGAUCACUGGAUGGAUGAUGUCAGAGGCCCUGAGGAAGAGGAUGAGGAUGAGAAGCUAAAAUGUGAUGAUUUGGAUAAAGCUAAAAAGUCAGACGAUGACGAAGCCAAGACAGCUGUACUGUUGAAAGUUUGCCCUCGCUGUAAAACGCCAAUCCGUCGUAAUCUCCGAUACGGAUCGGUCAUCAACGAAACACUGAACAGUAUUGAGGCAGUGAAGAGGAAGAUCAUUGGCAAUGAGCAGCGAAUAAGAGAACUCAGCACGAGUGUAGACAGGGCGACGUGCAUGGCUGUUGCGCCCGACCGACCCGCGAUUGAGGCGUUGACGGGUCACAUGGUCGUCAAGUCGGAAGCUGUGUUGGCUGCUCAGUUGAAUCAGGUGCGCAUCUUUCUGCAGGUUGCCAGGAUGGAGAGGAAGGUUUCUGAUGCCAGGAGACAGUGGAGCGGCAGUGCAGACAGCUUCAGUCCAAUUGCUCGCGACUUGGACGCUUUCAGAUCGUGGAUAUUGCAGUUCAGAACGGUGUUCGGAGAACAGGAAAUCAUAGAUGCGAACCGCGAACUUCGGCGACUGUCCCUCCUGCUGUAUUUUCUCAAAUCCCGAGAAGUGAUCCACGACGACCUCCAGGAAGCGGUUCCGGCUCACUUGAUGAGACGCCUCGGAUCAGUGAUCAAGGAUCUCGAGCAGUGCACGGUAAUAACGGAGGACUCGCUGGAUGAGGCGGAGAGCGUGAAGGACGAGUUGGUGGAGUACGUUCCGGAGACGCGGAUCGGCAUCACAGAAGACGAGCGGCUGAUGAUCGUCCACACCAUGGACAUGAAGCAGGGACAGUGGUGGAGGUGUGGCAAAGGUCACGUGUACACUGUGGGGGAGUGUGGUCGGCCCACAGAACGUGCUCGCUGUCCAGAAUGCAGGGCCGAGAUUGGAGGAGAAAAUCACGCAUUUGUCGAAAAUAAUUCAUGGGCCCCAGAAAUGGAUGACGCUCAAGAACAGCCAUGGUCCGAAGAACAGGACUACAUGCUAGCGCUUCAGAUGCAGUUCGGUCGUUAGGAAAGGUCAAAGGUAAUCAUGGCUGCCUGAAGAAGUUCUUUAAAAAAGACCUCCACAGUACUAACUAACUGACAGCUUGAGAUCACCUGGAGUAAGAGAUUAUCUUCAUUAAAGGAGUGACCAUUCUUACUUCAAUUUGUAUUUAAUUUGCUACAGAAGCGGGAUUUAUACUAACUAACUGACAGCUUGAGAUCACCUGGAUUAAGAGAUUAUCUUCAUUAAAGGAGUGACCAUUCUUACUUCAAUUUGUAUUUAAUUUGCUACAGAAGCGGGAUUUAUACUAACUAACUGACAGCUUGAGAUCACCUGGAUUAAGAGAUUAUCUUCAUUAAAGGAGUGACCAUUCUUA